AUGGAAUUUGUAAUGCCAAGCCUGGCAUUUUGUCGAACAGUUGCAAGGCAUAUGCUUAUGGCAUUUUUCUUUACGAUUAAAGCCGUGUCCGAAUUGGAAGCAAACUGUGAACUUGUUCUAUCAUUUGUCCUCUUUCCAACGGCGAAAGCAGUCGCGGAGUUAUCUGAAGAAAAGAGAAGUGGUCUUCGCUUAGAGAUCUGGAAAUUUGAAGCUCAUCUUUACGUUUUAUGGACAAAAUCGAGUGGGAGAGUGUCGUCGGCUUGGAUUUUUUUUUCCGUUCAUGAUCCAUCACUACCGGCGAAUACACCACCGGAGAAGGUGGUGGAAGCCGCCGUCUGGUUUUGUGAUAUGAAUAUUUUCCUUAGACAUGGCUGA